AUGUUCGACAGGUUUAGAUCAGAAAAGAAACAGCCUACAUUGUCAGUGGAGGCUGUUCCUGAUAAUUCAUCGAACUCCAUUGAUAUCUCAAAACAAGUAUCUUAUAUCCCCUAUGAUAUAACUUCCCACGCCGACGUUGAGAAACUUGGAUACGAUCCUGAAGAUAGUGGUUUGGGUGAACUCAAACGUGGUCUAUCUUCCAGACAUGUCCAAUUCAUCUCUUUGGCCGGCGCCAUUGGUACCGGUUUGUUUGUGGGUUCAGGCGCCGCACUCUCAACGUCUGGUCCUGCCGGUUUACUAGUUGGUUAUCUAGUGCUUUGUUUUUUCGUUUGGUCAAUCAUGAACCAGUUGGCCGAAAUGGUCACAUGGCUACCUAUUCCUGGUAAAUCUACUCCUUAUGCCUUGGUUGAACGUUAUACUGGUAAUAAAUCAUUCUCAUUUGCUGCAGGUCUAAACCUUUGGUACGCUCAGGCGCUUUUGACUCCAGCGGAAAUUUCAGCAGCUGCCUUUGUUAUUCAAUAUUGGACAGAUUUAAAUGUUGCAAUAUGGAUCUCAAUCUUUUGGGUGACAAUUGUUGCACUUAAUUUCUGCGCUGUAAAAGUUUUCGGUGAAACCGAAUUCUGGAUCGCCUCAAUCAAAAUCCUAACAAUUGUUGGUUUGAUCAUUGUUGGAAUUGUGAUCUUCUUCGGUGGUGCUCCUAAAUCCCAUGGCGUUUUGGGCUUCCAUUAUUGGAAACAUCCCGGUGCGUUUGUUGAACAUCUAGCUGGUGGUAAUACCGGUAAAUUCUUAGCUUGUUGGACUUCAAUUAUUAAAUCUGCAUUUGCUUUCAUUUUAUCUCCAGAAUUAAUUACCAUAUGUGCAGCUGAGGCUGAAGCCCCACGAAUUAACUUGCCAAAGGCCGCAGAUAGAUUUAUUUAUCGUUUGUUCUUCUUUUACAUCUGCAGUGUCUUGGUCAUUGGUUGUAUUGUUGGCUCCAAUGAUCCAAGGUUGAUGAACGCUAUCAAUGAAGGUGCAGAAGGUGCUGCAGCUUCUCCAUUUGUUAUUGGUAUUCAAAUUGCAGGUAUUAAAGUCCUAAACCAUAUCAUUAACGCCGCUAUUUUAUCAUCUGCAUACUCUGCUGGUAACUCUUUUCUAUAUGCAUCAUCUAGAAACUUAUAUUCAAUGUCUGUGAGGGGUGAUAUCCAUAAAGUAUUUGCACGUGUGAAUAGAUUUGGUGUUCCCUAUGUAUCUGUUGGUGCCUCUGCUGCAAUUGCGUUGUUGGCUUACUUGAAUGUCUCGGAUUCUUCAAGUGUUGCAUUUACUUGGUUCUCAAAUAUCUCAACUGUUUCUGGUUUUAUCGAAUGGGUGUUUGUUUCAAUUACUUACCUUAGGUACAGAAAGGCAAUGGAUUACCAUAACAUGAAUGACAGAGUCACUUAUAGACCACCAAUCCAGAAGUUCGGUGCGUACGCUUGUAUUUUCUUUUUUUCUUUAGUUGCUUUAACUAAUGGUUAUGCGGUCUUCUUCCACUUUAAUGGUAGUGAUUUUGUUGCUGCUUAUAUCACCCUACCAAUUGUUUUAUUUGUUUAUCUUGCACAUGCAACAUGGACAAAAAAUUGGAAAGGGUUUGCUCCCCCGGAAGAAAUUGAUGUUGUCACUGGCCUCGAAGAAAUCGAAAAGGAAACAAGAGAGUAUGUUCCACCUGUUCCAAGAAAUUUCCUUGAACGUAUAUGGUUCUGGAUUGCAUAG